AUGAUCACCAUUAUUGAUGAUAUCUUUGAUGUCCAUGGCACAUUCGAAGAGCUGGAAGCAUUUACCCGUGCUGUUGAAAGGUGGGACAUGGAGGUCAUAGACGAGCUGCCUGACUAUAUGCAAGUGUGUUACAGGGCCUUGCUAGAUGUUUAUAGAGAAGCUGAGCACUUGUUGCCUGAGGAAGUAGGAUCUUAUCGCAUAUCCUUUGGUAUAGAAUCGAUGAAAGGUAUGGUGAGAGCACAGUUUGCCGAAGCGAAAUGGUUCCAUCGUCAAUAUACCCCAUCAAUGGAGGAGUACAUGCAGGUCGCAUUGGUCUCAACUGGCGGUUUACUCCUAUCAGCUACAGCUUUCGUAGGGUUAAAGGAUGCUUUUGAGCAGAAGGUAGGCCAAGCGGUUUCAGCCGUCGAAUGCUACAUGAAGCAAUAUGGAGUCACUGAGGAGGAAGCAAAACAUGAACUCUGGAAGCAUGUCAUUGAUGCCUGGAAAGACAUCAAUGAAGAGGCCCUACACCAGACGGUCGUCUCGGCUCCACUGCUUCAUAUGAUCAUUGACAUCGCCCGUAUGAUGGGUGUUUGGUAUGAAGAUAUUGAUAUCUACACACAUUCAAGGACCAAGAUGAAGGUUGGCAUUGCUUCCCUGUUCAUCGAUCCUUUUCCCUUAGAUAUGUAG